AUGGUGUUCCUGAUGCGCGGACGCCGCGCGGAGCUGCUGGUGGCGUCGGCCAUGACUGCGUACCUGCUGCUGUGCCCCUUCGCCAAGGUGGAGGAGAGCUUCAACCUGCAGGCGACCCACGACCUGCUGCUCUUGGGCGUGCGCGGCGUGGACCAGUUCGACCACCUCGAGUUCCCGGGCGUCGUGCCGCGCACGUUCAUCGGCUCCUUGGCGGUGGCGGGCGCCAGUCGCCCCCUCGUGUGGCUGCUGCAGCUGCUGGGCGUGCACAAGUUGUGGCUGCAGGUGGCCACCCGCUGGGUGCUGGGGAUGCUGACAAUGGGGGGCCUCGUCUUCUUCAGCGACGGCGUGGGGAUGCGCUUCGGUCGGGACGCGAGUCGCUUCCUGCUGCUGCUUUGCGCGUGUCAGUUCCACCUGCUGUUCUACAUGAGUAGAACUCUACCCAAUGUGUACGCGCUGGCGUUGGUGCUGUACGCACUGGGGUUCUACCUCCGGUGGCAGCGCUGCGUGUUCCUGUUCACGUUCGCGACUGUGGUGUUCCGAGGUGACACGGUGGUGCUGUUUGCGCCCUUGGUGCUGAACAUGCUGCUGUCUCGUCGGGUGUCGUUCUUCACGAUGGUGUGGUGGGGACUGUCUUCGGGAGUGCUGUCGUUGACGCUGACAGUGCUCGUGGACUCGUACUUCUGGCAACGCUGGCUCUGGCCGGAGGGCGAGGUGCUGUGGUUCAACACCGUGGAGAACAAGAGCAGCGAGUGGGGGGUCAGUCCCCCGCUGUGGUACUUCACGUCGGCUCUGCCCCGUGCACUGCAGGCCACGGCUCUGCUGAUCCCGCUCGGACUCAGGUUGGUUACGCUCCUCCCGACGCUGCUGAAGAGCCGAUCGUUGCAUGACGUUUUGUGGUCGUUCAAGACGGCGCCAGUUCUGGACUGGAGUGUGUUUUCGCUCGUUUGGCCCGUGUUUGUAUACCUGGGGCUCUACUCGUUCCUCCCACACAAGGAGCUGCGGUUUAUCUUCAACGCUAUUCCGAUCCUCAACAUGGUCUCGGCCGUGGGUCUAGCCAAGCUCUACCGCAACAGCAAGGCGCUUUUCCCACUUGUUGGCGCCAUUGGAUGCAUGCUGGUCACAGUAAUUGGCACGCUGUUCUUGCUUACAGCCGCCCAAAACAACUACCCUGGUGGCGAGGCCUUCGUUCGUUUGCAUCAAAUUGGGCUGAAUGAGCGCGAUCUACCUCGUACUGUGCACAUCGACGUCCCCGCUGCCAUGACUGGUGUGUCUCGAUUCGGCGAGGAGUUCCCGGCAUGGAGGUAUUCGAAGGACGAGUCGGUGACGACCGUGGAACAGUUGACGCAGUUCGACUAUCUGUUAACAGCCAAGGAUCCAACAUCGCUGGAAGACGAUUUCCAGUACAUCGCCGGGUUCAAAGCCUUCGCAGGAGUCGGGCUGGUCGACCACCGCAUCACUCUGAAGACCAAGAAGCUGGUGUUUCUGAUGCGAAACCAAGGCAUCACUCCUGCUCAAGUGUAG